AUGGCGAUGUACAGAUUAAAUUUAUGAAUAAAUGCAUUUCAAACCGAUAAUUCAAGGGUCUUAGAGAUCUGUGUACGUCACUACCUGCAUGGAUAGUUAAUUUGCAGCAAACUGGUUUGACAUAUGCCAAUUGAAUUAUUUAUGAACGUCCGUGAAUAUAUUGACCUGAAUCCAAGGUUUAAGCAUUUGGAUUAUUCAUAUCGUAGAGAGUGAGGACAAAAGCUGUAUAUAUAUUGUUUUAAAGUAAGAACGAUAAACAGCUUGCAAACAAUUUUUGGUCACACAAAGUAAAUACACAAUCGAACCACUUUGUAAAAGAAAGAGAUGUGGCUGCUGGACACAAAAGGCUCUCACUUUUACCAAAUCGCUCUUGUAAUGUUAAUAUGUUGUUCUGACUCAAGCUUGCCUGAAGAAAGAAAGCCAGGGAACUGCACCUCAACAAAGAUAAAGACAUCAAGCAACACCACUAACCAGAGAAAUGCCAACUGUUCAAAUGAAACGAAAAGCACAAACGGUUCAAAAAUUAAUAAAUCUGGACUACAUGACGAAUACUACAUGAUGUUAGGACCAAACAUGGCGGUGACAUUACUUGGAAUGAUCUGUAAUUUUCUACUUAUUCUCCUCAUCACAAUCGAUCCACUGAACAUCCUCCGCCGUGGUGCCUGGUUUACAAUUCUUAACCUUUCAAUUGCUGAUUUUCUUGCUUGCCUGGAUCACUUCGUGAAAUCCUAUCACUUUUAUAUAAGAGACCUGAAAACUUUAUUCAAAAUGAAUUCUGAACUUGAAUUCUUUUGGAUGCUUUCUGUUGGUGCAUCGUUCAUGCUGCUGACAUUUUUGACUUUACAGGUGUACUCUAUCAUAAAAUACCCAAUGAAAAGCAGGUAUAUUGUGACACGGCACAAGGUCGCACUGUCUUGUUUGUUCAUUUGGGUUUUGGCAAUUGGCCUGGGUUUCAGCGAGAUAUCGUAUCUGUGGACAGACAAGUCACUGUACAUAUAUAUCGGGGGUAUAGCCGUUCUUGAACUGGCGACCAUCAUUCAAGUCCUGUUGAAAAUACUCAUCAUCUACGAAAUCCUGGGUAGUGGCUGUGAAGGCAUGUGCAGUGAAACGCAAAACGAGAGACAGAAGGAUAUUGCUAAAACUGUGAUGAUGCUGAAUGUUAUACUUAUUGUAACCGCCUUUCCUUACUUCGUUGCAAAGCAGAUAGAGCUGGGAGAACGCGUUGUUGGCACCGAGACGAGUUCGUUUCUUCGAAAAUUUCCAUAUCUCUACGAGCCGGUGGCUCUUCUGAAUUUCGUCGCCAACCCGAUUCUGUAUUCUUUACGUCUGCAAGAUUACCGGCAGAGUUUGAUUGCUCUUUUUACGUUCAAAUGCAAAUACCGACAUCGCAGUCAGAGCAUAUCUUCACAACGCACCCUCGCCUCAAAACCUUCCAUCUCUUUGCAAGAAAAACGCACGAGUACGGAAACAACUAAAGUGUGAAUCUUUUUAUUCUCGCACGCACGUGUAUGUAUAAAGCAUACGACAUUUCCGCGUGCGUGUUUUGACUUCAGUCUAUAGGACCACUCCAGCUACAAUGUUUCGUAAUAAGUGAAAUAAACAGAUAGAGGUACACAGGCAAAAACAGUGAACAGUUAUGAACACAUUUCACAUAUAUACAUUGGCUUGAAUUUGACUGAGAUGUCUAGAUAUAUACUUUUCAAUCGGACUAUUAAGACCUUUAAACCCUAUAAAAAUGAUCGGCCUACGAAGAAAAUGGAAAAUUUUGUCGAAAGCAAAUGAAACACAAGUGAGAUGCAAGUGGAUGGACGUGAUGGGGUUUUAGGAUGUACCAUUUAUCAUUUAUCAUUUAUCAUUUAGGGUGUACCAGUUAUCAACAAUUGUAUCAACUAAGUCUAAAAGCAAUCGAGUGAGAUUAUAGAGUAGACAUGCACGGUGCUUGGUAGGGCCAGAUGUUCUGAACACAAUUGAUAAGCACAUCUUUUCCUGUCUAAUUCACCAUAUAUAUUACAUAAAAAAAAUGAUUGUGUGCGUAAUGUCUGUGUUGACCGAUAUAUAUUUUUUGACUUUAUUUAUAGAUACAUACAUUAUAUAAUAAGCUAAGUUUCUCAGUUUUUUAACUAUCAUGCAGUUUUAGAAAAAA